GCAGCAGCCUCCCUCCCUCCCUCCCUCCCCUAACUCCCUCCCUCUCUCUCUCUCUCGCUCUCUCUCUCCUUUUUUUUCCCUCUUCCUCAGACACUCGCUAGUCAGUGCCUGAAGCGGUAAUCGGACAGCUCUGUUUCUCACCAGGACCGGGGUCUCCUGAGAUACAGCGCAGGGCUCCAUGGGUUCCUACACUUAAAAUGAAAAAGAAAAAAGCGCUCUUGCACGGUACAUUUGUUUUGCCCGCCGAGUCCACCGACACCUGAAAAGAGUUUUGCCGCAAAGUUGAAAGUUUGCCCGCUUCUAUUCUUUCGCCCUGGACUGAAUCUGUUUCCUCAAGAAUAUUUUCAGAAAAGAAAAGAGAAAGAAUAACUGAAAAUAUUAGUAGGGAUAAACGCCAACACGGGAUUCCACAUAACUGGAGUCUAUGGAAAUGCAGGAUCUAGCCAGUCCUCACAGUCGUUUAAGUGGAAGCAGUGAUUCUCCUAAUGGUCCGAGCCUUGACAACUCCCAUAUCAAUAACAAUUCCAUGACACCCAAUGGCACCGAAGGUGAUAGCAUCACAAUGCUUACCACUGCAGACUGGCUGUUAGGUUCUAGCUCACAGUCUGCUGCAGAACAAAUGAGCAGCAGUGACAUCUCCACCUCUGUGGCAGACGCCUCUCUGGACAGCUUCUCAGGAUCAGCUAUUGGAACCAGUGGCUUCAGCCCAAGACAAACCCACCAGUUCUCCCCGCAGAUUUACCCUUCGAAUCGAGCGUAUCCACAUAUUCUUCCGACUCCUUCAUCCCAAAAUAUGGCGGCGUACGGGCAGACGCAGUACACCACAGGAAUGCAGCAGGCCAGCGCGUACGCGAGCUACCCACAACCUGGCCAGCCCUAUGGAAUCCCAGCCUACGGCAUAAAGACGGAGGGCGGGCUCAGCCAGAACCAGUCGCCGGGCCAGGCGGGCUUCCUCAGCUACGGCUCCGGCUUCACCACGCCACAGACGGGCCAGGCGCCAUACAGCUACCAGAUGCAAGGUGAGGACGCCCCCAGAGCCUCCUCCUCCUGUGUGUCCUGAGUCUCCGACUCAACGCGUGGCACACGCUCAACUGGGUCUUUGUGUUUUUAAUCACAACGACGUCGACGGUGUCUGGGCCUCAUAGGAGAGCCGUCCAACAUGAGGAGUGAUGGACAGUCGAUACGUUUUACACCAUGGCUCAACAGCCAAUCAGAAGUAGAGCGGGUUGGGCCGAGUUCAUUGGUCCGUGGGAUUUAUGUAUCCAAUGGAACACGGCCUUCCUUCCCUGUAGCUGUACCCUAACCUCUCGACCCUGCUCCUCACCCACCGGCCUUUUCAUUGUCCGUUUAUUUUCCUGAUGCUUUCUUUAUGAGAGCAGCCUGUCGCUCCUACCUGCUGUCACCCAGACGGCUUUAGUGUUUUGUAUAUUCGCUAAAAAAGAGGGUGAAGAUAAAAGAGGGGUCUG